AUGAAUGGUGUUGCGAGAGGAAAGUUAGGAAAACUUUUACGAACGAGAAAGGUUUCCGGUGUAUCUAAACAACAAAAUGUGACUAAUUCAAGUGAGGACGUUGAAAGUAGUUUGUCUCUAAAGGAGCUUUUGUCUGAGCCUACUAAACAAGGAGCUGCUGCGGAGGAUCGACACAUGCAUGAGCCAGAGCUAUCGGAGAGUGAUACAGAUACAAGCAGUGUUGGCGAUCAUCUCGUUGAUCCCAGUACCAUAAAUCUGGAUGAAACAUUCUUUACUCAAACGUUAAAAGGUGAAUUUGUCACCGAAAAGAAAGAUUUCGAUAUUAUCAAGAAUGGAGAAGUGUCCGAGCUGUCGUCCGAAUCUGAGGAUGUAAAUGCGAUAACCGUUGAAGAGGAAGAUCAAAUGAACCAAAUAUUCACUCAGGUAUCCGAUUACGACAGGAUGCUAAAAGAAGUUAACGUCUGUAAUGAGUCACUUGAACGCAGAAGGAAGGAAAUAGAAACGUUCCAGCAGACGCAAACCGAUGACCUUGAUGUUCCGUUCCGGCUGAAUAAAACAGAGGAUGUUCAAGCGAUUCCGUGUGCAGAAGACGAUCUCGACUGGGAACAUGUAGCUGACCAGAAUGCUCAAACGGAGCUGGUAAACAACUUCGAGAUCAUCGUCUCUAGCAGCAUGCCAAAGACUAAACGCGUGCUGGAUGUAAACGAAAAGCUAAAACGUUUAGAACAGGAAUUUAAGAGAAAAAUGUUCCUAAACACACACAAAACGCAUCUGCUUCUGCUGCUUGCGUAUGGCAUUCGAAUUAAUAAAACUGUCAACCGUGGCAUUAUUCAAUGUGCUUCGGAAUUGUAUGAACUGAUUGGAAGUAGCGAAAUUGCCAUGGGCGAAACAGUGAGUCUCGGUUUUAUCCAAUCCGUAACAUCACACUAUAAAACUGUGAUGAAGCUUACCAAAAAUGCCCCACGGAUCAUCAACCAGCGGGAUGCCUUUGAAUGUCAGCUUGCUGCCCGUGAGGUAACUUCCCGGAAAAUGCUUAACGUUAUUCUUCUUACUCUGUUCCGCUUUCUAAGCGUUCGCGCGAGACUGGUGAUGAAUCUGGACGUGGUGCCGAAACAUCCUCCUACUGUUAAACCCGCUCCGAAGGAGAAAUGUCCUAUCGCUCCAUCGGAAAAUAACAACGCUACUCCACGGUACGGGAAUGUUCCGUUGACAACAACGGAAAUACUAAAGCGUAAACCGGAAAUACAGAAAAUCUUUCAUCUAUCACAGCUCGAUGGGGCCGAUGAGGAUAUAACUUCGAACAAGAAAGCACGAAUAGACCCUACGACCCCUAAACCUCGGUUGGGGAAAUUAAUCUCAUCUUCAAGUGAAUCUAAAGGUCGUACUAGCAAAAGAUCAGCGGAGAAUGUCACAAAAGGGGAACCAAAGGUGUUGAAGCUGAUAUCUUCUAAAUACUUCUCGAAAAAGCACCCAAAGACACAAACGAUUAGCGAACGCGAGAAUAUAAAAAUGUGUACAGGAAUGCCAAACUUUGCAAAGCUUCGCAAGCAACAUCUAGAAACAGCUGGAAAAGAUGAUCGGACAACAGGAGAUAUUUCACAAACGUCUUCCAAAUCUUCCAAAUACUUUCGAAAAAAGCCUUCGACGAAACAAUCUACGGUAACGUGUGAUCGUAAGAGUUCAUCCAACGAAGUGACCAAACUGGCCAAACUUCGACAUCAGUCAUCAGCAACUGCGAGCGAGAGUGUGAAGAAAACGGAACACAAAUAUCGUAUACCUGAGCUUGAUACUUGGAUUGAAUGUUAUCUCGAAAAAGAACGGCGUUGGACCGUGGUGGAAGCUGGGCUAGGGAGCAUCGAUUGUCUGGACCCUGUGAUAGAUCGCAUUCUGUCACCGCCGUUGUAUGCUUUUGCCUGGGAAGCGGAUGGAACCAUCGUCGACGUGUCACCGCGCUAUCGAUGGCGCAAUGAACAGCUCGCACUGAAGAACCGAGUCGAUGCGAAAUGGCUCCAAAAAACGCUUGCCCCGUACCGUUCUCGUGUGCUGGAUGAAGCCCACUUGCAGGAGCAGUUCGAAUUUCGACAGCUUAAACUUCGCGCACCAAGACCAACCACAAUUGCGCAAUGUAAAAAUCAUCCCUCGUACUGUUUGCAUAGACAUUUGCAAAAAUUUCAAGCAAUCUACCCUGCAGAUGCACCACCGUUGGGUUUUGUGCAAGGAGAACCGCUUUAUGCCCGGGAAUGCGUACAUACGCUGCAUUCGCGUGAGGUUUGGCUGCGGCACGCGAAGGUUAUUCGACAUUACGAGCAACCGUAUAAAAUUGUACGCACCAAACUGAAGCGUCAGCCGGCCGAUCUGGAAUUGUUUGGCUACUGGCAAACGGAAGAAUACAUCCCGCCGGAACCCGUCAAUGGUAUUGUACCGCGCAAUGCUUAUGGCAAUAUUGAAAUCUUCAAAGAAUGUAUGCUACCGAAAGGCACGGUACAUCUGAAACAUUAUGGAUUGUCGCACAUUUGCCGCAAGCUUGGAAUCGACUAUGCCGUGGCAGUGGUUGGUUUCGGGGUGCACGCUGGCGGUAACCAUCCCAUAUUUGAAGGCAUUGUAAUAUGCGAAGAACAUCGCGAUCGUUUGCUGGAGGCUUGGCAGCGGCAUCAGGACGAAGCGGCACAGAAAAAGAUAGAAAAGAAACAGAAUACGGUGCUAAAAAAUUGGGUGAAGCUAGUGAAAGGAUUGCUGGUACGACGACGACUAAAACACAAGUAUAACUUCGAAGGAAUGUAG